AUGUCUGAUUACGAGAUGAAAGCCAGAGAAGGGCAUUUGAUAGUGGUGGAAAAUCUAAUUGAAGUUGCAAAACAACUUCAUGGAGACACGGAGAGAGGGGAUACAACAGUUUGUGUGGCCAUGCUGAGGAUGACAAAUGAGGACAACGACACAGCCUUGCACGAGGCAGUGAGAUAUCAUCACCCUAAGGUGGUGAAGUUAUUGAUACAGGAAGACCCCGAGUUUAUCUAUGGUGCUAAUAAUGAAGGCAACACUCCUCUUUACAUGGCUGCUGAUUGGGGAUUCAGAGACUUGGUGCAGAUGAUCCAAGAGAUUUGCUCUUCACUAGCUCAUAGUGGCUUCAAGGGUCGAAUGGCUUUGCAUGCUGCGGUAAUUCUUAAUGAACAAGUAAUGACAAAGAAAACACUGGAAUGGAAGCGUGCUUUAACUAAUGAAUUGGAUGAAAAUGGGUGGUCUCCCCUUCACUUUGCUGCAUAUGUGGGUUGUCAUCCAACAAUACUGAGGCAAUUGCUAGAGCAAUCUGACAGGGAUGUUGUCUACCUAGGCGUCAAAGACCACGGAAACAGGACAACUCUUCAUAUUGCAGCGAGCCGAGGCCAUGUGGACAUAGUGAAGCUGCUGGUGUUGCGCUUUCCAGAUUGUUGCGAGAAAGUUGAUGAUAAGGGCAAUAAUGUUCUUCACUUGAUAGUGCCAUAG